AAUAAUAAUAAUAAUAAUAAUAAUAAAGAAAAUAAUAUUACUUCUACAGUGGAAUGGACAUCUGAACAGUUGGAUCGUGCACAUGAUUUAAUGUUUCUAGAUGCCUCUACAACGAUGAUGCAUCUCAUUCCUUUGGUCUCCCGCAGUGAUGAUACUCAUUGUGCGAAUUGUGAUAAAUACAGUGAUUCCCUUGUACGCUGCGGUAGUUGUCGAUCUAUUUAUUACUGCAGUGCGGAAUGUCAACGGGCCCAUUGGCGUACAGCCCACAGUACCGCAUGUGUAAGUUAUAAGAAACUGGUGGAGAGUAGUAACUUACUACUACAACAACAACAACAGGAACAAAAGAAGAAAAAGAAUAAGAAGAAUAAAAAUAAGAAUAAUUCAACACUGGAAGUACCAGAAGUACCAUUAGAACCAUCUCUCUUCUUUACAACACGACGGUAUAUGUAUGUACAUCGUGAUGCCUCUUUUGCAGAUGUCUCCUUUGAUGAUUACUUUAUGAAGUAUACAGUGCGUGGUGUUUAG